AAAUAUAUUACAUAGCUGUAUUUCUAUAACGUGUAUAGCUUUGUUCUUUUAAUACAUUUACCUCUCUUUUGUCACCUUUAAGGCUUUUCAUCAAACGAGUGGCACGCAUAGCUGUGCCUAUCGAGAAUUUUUUUUUUUGUUUUCUGUUCACCUUCAUUGAUCUUUUACUUUUUCUGGGUAUUUCUUAUAUUAUCGGGAAAUUGAAGAAAGAAAAAGAAGAAUAGGAAAAAUGGAUGGAGCGGAGUUGGAGUUACAGAGGAGAAGCAAGUUCUUGAGCAGUUUGAUUCAAAAGAAGAAAUCUAUGGAACAACAGGAGCAAACUGAACGUCUUAAUGUUAAAGUCAGAGCUUCUGAUAUGCCUUUAGCUCUUCUAAACAAGGCUUUUAAAUGUGCCCGAGACCAGCUUGACUAUAUGACUGGAAAGCUUGAUAGUAAACGCCUAGCUCUUGCCCUUAAGAAGGAAUUCGACUCAACAUACGGUCCUGCUUGGCACUGCAUCGUGGGGACUAGUUUCGGGUCAUACGUCACAUAUUCACUAGGAGGUUUCUUGUAUUUUCGAACGACAAGGUUUACAUCAUUCUCUUCAAGACCGCCGUCGAGCCCUUAGACGGUCGAUGAUUCGGACAGAUUCGUGUGUUCUACACCUUGUGUUGGUAACAAAUUCCAUUUUGAAGUUACUAGUACAACUACAGAGUGCAGAACUGAUAAACAUGUCUGUCCUUGAUUCUUAAACAUUCAUGUUGUAUUUGCUAAGUAUAAAUGAAUGAUAGGUUCUGUCAUUUUCUUGCUCUUACCAGAGAACCCAACAGAUGUUAACUAACAUGUAAAAGAUAUCUAUGGAGCAAAGCAAAUCCUUAGAGGACAAGAAAGCUAAAUGGAUAACAUAUGUCGACAAACUUGUGCCGACUUAUUACAAUUGAAUCCCUUCCUGUCAACAUCUUCAUUUUGAUUACUUCUUUGUUAAGGAUAACAGUUUCUAUAUAAAUCGAAGCAGAUCUUUCACCAAACUGAAAUUGAGAUUGCAGAAACCAUGGAACUUGCACCCCUAUCACAUGAGGAAUCCAUUUCUUCAGGGUUACCCCAUGAUGCGUUUUUUAUUGUCUUGGCCUACCUUCCAUUAUUUGAGCUUCUUUCCAUGAGUGGAGUUUGCAGGUCACUGAGAGAAGCAGUGGAAAAGGAUGUACUGCCAUGGCUAAACAUAAUCGUCGAAAGCCGUUGAACUUUCGGUUGUCAGAUGAGAUUCUGAUGAAAAUUGCUUCCAAGGUAAAUGGUAGGCUAAAAACAUUGACUUUCAUGUGCUGUGCCAAAAUUACAGAUGAUGGGCUUGAAAGGGUCAUCGACCAAAAUCCUCUUAUCAGUAAGCUGCAUAUACCAGGUUGCACUGGGUUGACCCCUAAUGGAGUGAUAACAGCAGUGCAGAAGUUAUCUGACAGCCAGCAAGGCCUAAAAAGCAUUCAGAUAAACGGCAUCGCCAACAUGAAGAAAGAACAUCUCGAAAGGAUUCAAUAUUACCUUCAAACAAACCCAAAACUGCAGCAGAUUCAUCCAACGAGACAGCCUUUGCUAUAUCAUAACUACAGAAGAUUUCAAGGAUGCGAAGAACAUGGCAGGGUGCAAUUAAGUACAGGUUGUUUUCGAUUGUCCCAGAAAGGAUUGCAAAAGGAAACGAGACGCUUCAAUGACCGGUUGUCGGAUGUGCGUGUUAUGCGUUCCGAGGUGUGAAGAAUGUGGGAAGUGUGUUGAAAAUGAAGACUUCGAAGAGACUGUUUGUGCUGAUACUCUUUGUCCGGAUUGUUGGAUUCAGCUUUCCAAAUGUAAUUUCUGUAAUAAACCGUGUUGUAAUCAACAUGACAACAUGAAGAUAAUUUCGGACGGUUCAAUCGGGUGGGUUUGCAGUGUUUGUCAUGAUAAAUACGAUGAUCUUGAAUAAA